GCAGAGCGAUCGUGCUGUGAUCGUACGCGUCAUUCUCCUGUUCUGCCUCUGACUCAUGCAUACGGUUUCUGGCUUAUACAGUUGUUUGAACCAAUUAUUUCCAGGCUAGUAUUCAUCAUGAAGUGGGCGUACAAAGAGGAGAACAACUUCGAAAAACGCCGUGCUGAGGGAGACAAGAUUAGGAGGAAGUAUCCGGACAGAAUUCCCGUGAUUGUGGAACGGGCCCCAAAGUCUCGUCUGCGAGACCUAGACAAGAAGAAAUAUUUGGUCCCAUCUGACCUUACCGUUGGGCAGUUCUACUUCCUGAUCAGGAAAAGAAUUCAUCUUCGACCUGAGGAUGCCUUAUUCUUCUUUGUGAACAACGUCAUUCCUCAAACGAUGACGACAAUGGGACAACUCUACCAGGAUCAUCACGAAGAGGAUCUUUUUCUAUACAUUGCCUACAGUGAUGAGAGCGUUUACGGAGGUGAUGGCGUAGUGGCGGCUCAGUAG